CUCGCGGCGGCGGCGGCUGGACGGCAAGAGAGAGGGGCCGGUGCCGCCGCAUCAGGGGAGCGGGCGCGAGCGCGAGCUAGGAGCAGUCACCCUGGUCCGGGGGACCGGACGUGACCGCGCCGACGAGAGCUGGUGUCCAGGAGGAGCCUGCGGGCAAGAUGUGGUGGAGAACCAUACAACUGCAGUGUUAUUUUCUUUUAGUUACAUGUCUCCUAACUGGUUUAGAAGCUGUGCCUAUAGACAUAGACAAGACAAAAGUAAAAGAUACUCCUAAUGUGGAAGGAGAAAAAAUAGAAACUCCAGAUACUGGACUAUAUUAUGAUGAGUAUCUCAGGCAAGUGAUUGAUGUGUUGGAAACAGACAAACAUUUCAGAGAAAAGCUCCAGAAUGCAGACAUAGAGGAAAUUAAGAGUGGAAAACUAAGCAAAGAGCUUGAUUUAGUAAGUCACCAUGUCAGGACAAGACUUGAUGAACUAAAGAGACAGGAAGUGGCAAGAUUAAGAAUGCUAAUUAAAGCUAAAUUGGAUUCCAUUCAAGACACAGGCAUAGAUUAUCAAGCUCUUCUGAAACAGUUUGAGCACCUAAAUCAUCAGAAUCCUGACAAGUUUGAACCAACAGACUUAGACAUGCUAAUCAAAGCCGCUACAAGUGAUUUAGAAAACUAUGAUAAAACUCGCCAUGAAGAAUUUAAAAAAUAUGAAAUGAUGAAGGAGCAUGAAAGGCGAGAAUAUCUGAAAACAUUGAAUGAAGAAAAAAGGCAUGAAGAAGAAUCUAAAUUUGAGGAAAUGAAGAAGAAACAUGGAAAUCAUCCAAAAGUUAACCACCCAGGAAGCAAAGACCAACUAAAAGAAGUAUGGGAGGAGACAGAUGGACUGGAUCCUAGUGACUUUGACCCGAAGACGUUUUUCAAAUUGCAUGAUGUCAAUAGUGAUGGUUUCUUGGAUGAGCAAGAAUUAGAAGCCCUGUUUACCAAAGAGUUAGAGAAAGUAUACGACCCUAAAAAUGAAGAGGAUGACAUGGUGGAAAUGGAAGAAGAAAGGCUUAGGAUGAGGGAACAUGUCAUGAAUGAGGUUGAUGUUAACAAGGACCGGUUAGUGACUUUGGAAGAGUUUAUAAAAGCUACUGAGAAGAAAGAAUUCUUGGAGCCAGAUAGCUGGGAGACGUUGGAUCAGCAGCAGCUUUUCACAGAAGAAGAGCUGAAAGAAUUUGAGAAUCACAUCUACGAACAAGAACACAAGCUCAGGCAGAAGGCGGAAGAUCUCCAGAAGCAAAAGGAGGAGCUCCAGCGUCAGCACGACCAGCUCCAGGCCCAGAAACAUGAAUAUCAGCAGGUGGUACAACAGAUGGAACAGAAGAAAUUACAACAAGGAGUAGUACCUCCAGCAGGGCAAGGUGGAGAAUUAAAAUUCCAGCCACCUGGGCAGCACCAAGAGGAGAAGUCGGACAAGCAUUCUCUAGGCAGUGACCACCUUCAGCCUUUGCCACCACAGCACGUUUCUCCUCUUCAGGAAGGAGCAGCCAUGGCUGAACAUGUUCAGAUUCACCCUUAGCCACCUGGUGCCUCAACUUUAUACUUUUCUUGUUUGUUUUUUUGUUUGUUUAAAAAGGGAGACUAAAGUGGAUUAAAAAACUAAAUUCAAAA